GCAAGCGUCACGCUUCCCAGCCCAGACGAAGUUGAUGUUUAUACUCUCGGUCAUCAGCUGUUUUCUAUUUUGCCUGUCUAAGAAACGCAGUUUUUCAAGUAUGCCGUUCAUUUCCAAGGAUUGGCGAAGUCCCGGAGAGGAAUGGGUGAAAACCGAGGAAGGUUGGGAAAAGAAAAAAGUGCUGGAACACUGCAAACAACUCAAGUACAAACAGGCUAGUGAAGAAGACGAGAAGGAGAAUAUAGACUUGACUCAAUCUACAAGUCAUCAGCCUCAUUGUCACAUCACAGUGAAGUGUACCAAAGAGAUAGCUGGCUUCAACGAAUUAGACGAGGCUGUAAAAAGACUGGACUUCCGUAGCGCUGUGCGCGACGUGAGACGAUUCAACUACAUAUGCGCUCUUUUAGAUCACCUUAUCGGUCAGCAAAUGACCGGAAUGUCGGGCUGUACUCAGAAAGCAUUGCUGGCGAUGCUGGAAGAGGUGGCCAGGCACGCCACUGACAGCCAGCACAAUCCUAGAGGUUUUCGUAGGUUGCUGAACAAAUUGAAGGCUCUGAGUGCGGCCGAGAGAUCAGCAUGUUGGGGAGGACCUCUAGGAUCACAACUGUUAUGGAACCAGCACACCGCCAAAAUCAACCGCAUCCUAAACAUGGCGUCCCAAUUCCAAAUUCUCGAGCCCCAUCCAGACAGCCAUCCGAAAUUCCUGAACCUGCCCGAAGAGUGCAUCCGGGAGAUCAUCCUGCGACUGUCCGACCACAAGGAUCUGACGGCCAGCGCGCAGGCGUGUGCCCAGAUCUCCACCAUCGUCAACGAGCAAAGGAUCUGGAGAGAACUGACCAAAUUCCAUUUCAAUCCGCAGCAAAUCGACCUAGUCGUACCAAAGAACAAUGAAAAAAUCGACUGGAAAAAGACCUUUCAUUCUUUAAAGAAGACGUAUGGUUUGAACGAAGACCGCCAAUACGCUGAAAUGCUCUCCCUAUGCAAAUAUUGCCGAUGCCUAUUCUGGAAAUCUCUAGGACAUCCGUGUAUCGCCGAACAAUGUCCCGAUUUUAGGGCUCGAUUGCAAGAAGCCGGCGGCAUAACUCCCCCCGCGCCCGUCCCACCCGCUGCGUUCCUUAAAUUCUUCUCUUUAUAAUUAGUUUAUAAGAACAAGUCACACUCGGUUCGUUACGCUAAGGUAAAAAAUCACUUACACAAACAUGUUCUGUAUCCUUAGUAGCACCCUUUCUCAAGUUGUUGUGUUAUGUGUAAAAUUAUCUCAAAAAAAUAAUUUUAGUGUAUUAUCUUCGUUAUUUUUUAGGUUUUAUAUUGGUUUAUGGAAACGUUUAAUGUUAGUAUAACAAGUUGCUUCCUAUAUGAAAUUCUCAAAAAAUGUUUUUUUAAGAUUAUGAAUUGUGAUAUUGGCAUUUCACUUCAUAAAAAAACUCUGAUCUGCCUGCAUAUUCUUUUAAAAACAUUUUUACUGUCCAGUGUUUUCUCAAUGAUCGAAAUACAGUUUUAUGCAAAUUUAAUAAAAGCUCUAGUUUUGUAUACUAAUACUUUUGAUGUAAGAAUAUAUUAUGUAUAAUAUAAAUUUUGUAUGUGAAUGAUUUUUUAGAAUUUCUGUUUUAAUACUAACUGGAUGUUUAUUUAACAAUGGAAGAUUUCGUUAUGCUUGUAUUGCAAUGUGAUAUGUUUUAUAUUAUAGGCUGCUAGUAGUGUUAAUUGUUUCGAAAAAGUAUUUAUUUUAGAUAUAAAUUACUAUAUUCAAAAAUUAUAACAAAUUAAACUAUUUUUACUUACCGGCUAA